AUGAUCUUUAAGGCCAUAAUUCUUGUCGGUGGGCCUUCUCGUGGCACCCGUUUUCGUCCGCUUUCACUAGACUCGCCAAAACCUCUGUUUCCAGUUGCUGGACAUCCCAUCAUCUGGCAUCAUUUGGAAGCCGUCUCCAAGGUUGAAGAACUAAAAGAAGUGUUGCUAAUUGGUUUCUUCGAAAAUUCGGUUUUUGAUAGAUUCGUCGAAGAUGCGUCCCGCGAUUUCCCUAACAUUAGCAUUCGUUAUCUUCGGGAGUAUCAAUCACUGGGAACCGCCGGAGGUCUCUAUCAUUUUCGGGACGAAAUUUUGAGAGGCGACCCCGAACAAAUUUAUGUUCUCAAUGCAGACGUGGCUAGCAGUUUUCCGUUGAACGAGAUGAUGAAAUUUCACAAUACGCAUCGUGGUUUAUGUACGAUAUUAGGAACAAAGGUCAAUCGCGAGAUAGCUCAUAAAUUUGGUUGUCUUGUGGCAAAACCGGAUAGUCGGGAGGUUUUACAUUAUGUAGAAAAACCCGAAAGUUUUAUCUCAGAUUUAAUCAGCUGCGGUAUUUAUUUAUUUGAUUGUGCGAUCUUUAAUGAAAUGAAAAAGGCGAUGCAAAAUAAGGCUCAACGAGUCGAUCAGGAUCAAUUUCAUGAUGACAACAAACUUCGAUUGGAACAAGAUCUACUCGGUAUGUUAGUCGAAUCCAGGAAACUAUAUGUAUACGAGACAACCGAUUUUUGGAGGCAAAUCAAGACGGCAGCUUCGGCCGUUCCAGCCAAUGCGUUUUACCUUGAGCAAUAUCGAAAAAACAAUCCCAGUCGUUUAUUGAAAAAUGAACCCAAUGGCCCUGAGAUAGUUGGAUGUGUUUAUAAACAUCCUACAGCAACCAUUGAUCCUAGUGCCAAGGUUGGACCAAACGUGACUAUUGGACCUCGUGUAGUUAUUGGAAAAGGUGUUCGUGUUAACGAUUCGAUUAUCUUGGACAAUGCAGAAAUUAAGAAUAAUAGCUGCAUCUUACACAGUAUCAUUGGAUGGGAUUCAAAGAUUGGAUGCUGGGCACGCGUCGAAGGUACGCCGACGUCGAGUCAUGUAACAUCUAUUACGGAAAAUGGUGUUAAAGUCGAGUCAGUUACGAUUCUUGCUAAAGAAGUUACGGUCACUGACGAAAUUAUCAUUCGUGACUGCAUCGUGUUGCCACACAAACAAUUGAAAACAAGUUGUCAUAACGAAAUUUUGAUGUGA